CCCCACACCAGAGGUAGCUGUAGACAGAUAUAUUCCCUUUCCUUUCUCAACACUUCUCUUUCUUCCUUGUUUAUUUAUGUUCACUCAAUUUCACUCACAUUAAUCUCUCUCUCUCUCUCUCUAUAUAUAUAUAUGUAUGAAUUAAGCCACACACUCCAAGUUGUCAUUCAUUCUUACACAGAAAAAAAUAUAUAUAUAUGGUACAGAAUGAUGGUCUCCACUCCUACUCAAAUGGGUUCUUCUCUCUUAGUCUUUUCUCUUCUUCUUGUUCUGGGGUCUGGGUUUCACACAAACUUGCCUUUUGUUCCCUUUGAUGAAGGCUAUACACAUUUGUUUGGAAAUGAUAAUCUUGUUGUUCAUAAAGAUGGACAAUCUGUUCAUUUAACUUUAGAUGAAUCCACAGGUUCUGGAUUUGUGUCACAGGACCUUUAUCUUCAUGGCUUCUUCAGUGCUUCAAUUAAGUUGCCUUCAGAUUAUACCGCUGGAGUUGUUGUUGCCUUCUAUAUGUCAAAUGGUGACAUAUUUGAGAAGAACCAUGACGAGAUAGACUUCGAGUUCUUGGGUAACAAGGGCAAAGAUUGGAGAAUUCAAACGAAUAUUUAUGGUAAUGGAAGCACCGGUGUAGGCAGAGAAGAGAGAUACAAUCUCUGGUUCGAUCCUUCUGAUGAUUUCCAUCAAUAUGGUAUUCUGUGGACCGAUUCUCAGAUCUUAUUUUAUGUAGACAAUAUUCCCAUUAGGGAGGUUAAGAAAACAGCAUCAAUGGGAGGAGAUUUUCCUUCUAAGCCAAUGUCUUUGUAUGCAACAAUCUGGGAUGCAUCGGAUUGGGCUACCAAUGGUGGCAAAUAUAGAGUAAAUUACAAAUACGCCCCUUAUGUCACCGAGUUCUCCAACUUCAUCCUCCACGGUUGCGCUGUCGACCCAAUUGAACAGACAUCAUCAAGGUGCGAUACCACCCACGACUUGAUCCCUGCAGGUUUAUCCCCAUCGCAAAGAAUCAAAAUGGACAACUUCAGGAUGAAACACGUGACAUAUUCCUAUUGCUAUGACCAAAUUCGGUACAAAGUUCCUCCGUCUGAGUGUGUGAUUAAUCUCCACGAAGCUGAACGCCUCAAGGCUUGUGACCCAGUUACAUUUGGAGCAGGUAGGCGCCACCACAGCAAACGCCACCAUCGGAGCCACGUUAUUGGAUCCACAGCUGCAGAUGCCAUUUGAGAAAAGAUGUUAAUUAAUUUAUGUUUAUUGUGGUCUCCUAUAAAGUUAUUUUGUGUAUAGGCAGGGAGAUACAAGGCACAGAAGAGAUUUUAUUCAGCAUGAUAGAGUUCGUUCUAUGGCUGAUGGAGGUAUGUUGUAUAUAGUUCAUAACUUUGAUUUUAUCAUUUGAUGUCGUUGGUUUUUUUUUUAUUUUUAAACUUAUUGAAUUCUGUGGUCAUUUUCUGUACUCCUAUGAACAGCCUCAUGGGUUGAAUAAAUAUUAUAUUUUUAGCA